AUGGACGUUCGCCUGUACCCCUCGGCGCCCGCGGUGGGCGCGCGGCCCGGGGCCGAGCCGGCCGGCCUGGCGCACCUGGACUAUUACCACUGCGGCAAGUUUGAUGGUGACAGUGCCUACGUGGGGAUGAGUGACGGAAACCCAGAGCUCCUAUCAACCAGCCAGACCUACAACAGCCAGAACGAGAGCAACGAAGACUAUGAGAUCCCCCCGAUAACACCCCCCAACCUCCCAGAACCAUCCCUCCUGCACCUGGGGGACCACGAAGCCAGCUACCACUCGCUGUGCCACAGCCUCGCGCCCAACGGACUGCUCCCUGCCUACUCCUACCAGGCCAUGGACCUCCCAGCCAUCAUGGUGUCCAACAUGCUGGCCCAGGACAGCCACCUGCUAUCGGGCCAGCUGCCCACGAUCCAGGAGAUGGUCCACUCGGAGGUCGCUGCCUACGACUCGGGCCGCCCAGGGCCCCUGCUGGGCCGCCCAGCGAUGCUGGCCAGCCACAUGAGUGCCCUCAGCCAGUCCCAGCUCAUUUCUCAGAUGGGCAUCCGGAGCGGCAUCGCCCACAGCUCCCCGUCGCCCCCAGGGAGCAAGUCGGCCACCCCUUCUCCCUCCAGCUCAACGCAGGAAGAGGAGUCAGAAGCGCAUUUCAAGAUGUCGGGGGAGAAGAGGCCCUCAGCGGACCCAGGAAAAAAGGCCAAGAACCCAAAGAAAAAGAAGAAGAAGGACCCCAAUGAGCCGCAGAAGCCGGUGUCAGCCUACGCGCUCUUCUUCAGGGACACUCAGGCCGCCAUCAAGGGACAGAACCCCAGCGCCACCUUCGGGGAUGUGUCCAAAAUCGUGGCCUCUAUGUGGGACAGCUUGGGAGAGGAGCAGAAGCAGGCCUACAAGAGGAAGACUGAAGCGGCGAAAAAGGAGUAUCUGAAGGCUCUGGCAGCCUACAGGGCUAGCCUGGUCUCCAAGAGCUCCCCGGACCAAGGUGAGACCAAGAGCUCUCAGACCAACCCGCCAGCCAAGAUGCUGCCGCCCAAACAGCCCAUGUACGCCAUGCCAGGCCUGGCCUCCUUCCUGACGCCCUCGGACCUGCAGGCCUUCCGCAGCGGGGCCGCGCCCGCCAGCCUCGCCCGGACGCUGGGCUCCAAGUCGCUGCUGCCAGGCCUCAGCGCGUCCCCCCCGCCACCGCCCUCCUUCCCGCUCAGCCCCCCGCUGCACCAGCAGCUGCCACUGCCACCCCACGCCCAGGGCGCCCUCCUCAGCCCACCUGUCAGCAUGUCCCCCGCCCCGCAGCCCCCUGUCCUGCCCACUCCCAUGGCACUCCAGGUGCAGCUGGCUAUGAGCCCUUCACCUCCAGGGCCGCAGGACUUCCCUCACAUCUCCGAGUUCCCCAGCGGGUCCGGAUCCCGCUCGCCUGGCCCAUCCAACCCCACAAACAGCGGAGACUGGGACAGCAGUUACCCCAGCGGGGAGUGUGGCAUCAGCACUUGUAGGCUGCUGGAGGGGCCCAGAGCAGAAAAGAGGCCUUGGCAGGAAGCAGGGUGCCCACGAAGAGAGAACGGUGACACGCUAAUGCCCCACGGCUGAGUCUCUUCCUCGACCUCUUACCAGACUCUGCAGAGGCAGCCCAAUGCCCGCCGCCAGCCCAAAGAACCUGCAGGAAACUGCUGCCCCCUGACCUGCUUGCUCCAGGGUUACUGUGGACCCUGCUCCUCGUCCUGCACACCGUACCCUACGUCUGGACCUCUGGCCCCAGCCCAGGCUCAUGCGGGCUGCCCCUGGAGGGGUUGCUUAGCAACAGAAACCCACCCCCAGAUGCAUGGGGUGGGGACCAGCCCAGCCACAGAUGUGCAAAUGUGGUUUUACGGUGUGAACAAGAGAUUAUGAAACCUAUGAACUGUUGGCUCCGUGUAAGUAGUUGACUAAGUGUUUUAGAACUGUGCUGAAGACAUCUGUCAGAUUAUUUUGUGGGGGAAAAAGUAGUUUCCUUUAAGGUAAAAAGCAUUUUAUAUGACCCUUAGCACAUGUUUUUUAAGUUUGAUCUGAAGGGAGAUGUGCACAAGGCAAGCGGCUGCCAAACCGUUUCAGCGUCUGUACAGCAAGGAACCGGACAGUUUUGGCCACACUCGGAGGUAUCGCGCUUUUUUUUUAACCAUCCGCCCAUCUAUUUAAAAUGGCCAAGGACGACUUUCGUCUAUUUAUGAAGAAAACUGGAGAACAGAAAUGCAGUUUCUCAGAAAGUGUGCGUGGUUUGGGGUUUGGUUUGGGUUUGGGUUCUUCAUGUUGUUUGCAGCUGUUUCCCGGCCCUGGCCAGCGUCCGGCUCAG